CACUCAGCACGUCUGCCCGCUCUCGCAGUGCAGUGCUCUGUUAAAGGGAGGCAAGCCAUGCUCCGCGAUCCGUCUUGCCCUUAACCUCACCUAAAACAAGCGGGGAAAGUGUAGCGGCGGCUGCGGCUCGGUGGCUGGUCAAAGGGACGCCAUACCGUUCCUCCCAGCCGAUGAAAGGUCGCGCUUGGUCAUUUCAAAUCAUGGGACGGUGAUUCCAGAGCACUGAGCUGAACGACUCAUUGACAAAAGGGGAAGAUGCCAAACUAACCGAGAGAGAGAGAGUUUGGAAAAAAGGUUUCCGAGAAACUGCAGCUGCAAGAAAAGACGGGAGAGGAUUUUCCCCCACCCUUGUGUUUUAUUCUAAACAGCAGCACGGUUAUAUUACUUAAAAAAACAGCCACGAAACUUGCCAGUGUGGACAAGGUAACUGAGCAUCGAACUGGGGAGUCCUACACCUCUCUUACCGAGGAGCCACCGACCGAGGUACUAAGAGCCACAGCUAGUGGGAAAUAAACUCAAGAAGCCGGGGCACUGGAUUCACCCACACACUGGGUUAUGUGUUGUGUUUUACAAUCUGUAGCUCGUGUGAACACACACACACACAUAACACACAAAAAAACGGGUGACUGAAUGGAGCCCGUCACUGGGCGGAAAACGAUGGGUAAGGUUAUUUUCGUUUGAAUCAUUUCAUUUAAAGCAAAUCUUGUGUCUCCUUGCAACCUCUACAAUGAAACGAAUCAAUUAAUUGAUGCUCAGAUUUUCUAUUUCUCUCUCUCUCCUCUCUUUCAAACUCCCUCAAUCCUCCACUCUGGAUGUCACUGGGGCAGGACAUCCACCUGCCCGAGUCGGAAAGAAAAAAGAAACAGCCAGCUUCAAACAAAAAAAAACAAAAUGAUGUAAAACAAAAGUUUGGAGAUUCGGAAGAUUUGUCCGUAUUAAUUCAAACCAAAAGGAGCGAGGGAGACGGGAGGGUGGGGGGAAGAAAGGAAGCCGACUCCAAGCAGGGAUUGGAGGUCUGAACUCUUGCUUCAUGGAUUUCCUCCUUGUGGCUCUUAGUCUCCAGUGGCUGCUGCAGAAGCCUUCAGUUUGGCUGGCGUGUGUACUCGGCUUGUUGUUGGAGAUGUUCCCCGGCGCUGAGAGUGCGUGUGCCAGUCAGUGCCGCUGCGACGGGAAACUGCUGUACUGCGAAUCGCAGAGCCUGGGCGAGAUGCCGCGGAACCUGUCGGGGCUGCAGGGUCUGUCGCUGCGCUACAACAGCCUGUCGGAGCUGCGAGCCGACCAGUUCGCCGGCGUGCUGCAGCUCACCUGGCUCUACCUCGACCACAACCACAUCUACUCGGUGGACGGCGCCGCGUUCCGCGGGCUGCGGCGCCUCAAGGAGCUGGUGCUCAGCUCCAACAAGAUCACCCAGCUGCCCAACUCCACUUUCCGACCCAUGCCCAACCUGCGCCAUGUGCAGCUUUCCUACAACAACCUGCAGUCUCUGGAGCCGGACCUUUUCCACGGCCUGCGCAAACUGCAAACGCUGCACCUGCGCUCCAACGCACUCAAGUACAUUCCGGUCCGAAUAUUCCAGGACUGCCGGAGCCUGGAGUUUCUGGACGUGGGAUAUAAUCAGCUGCAGAGCCUUGCCCGGAACGCGUUCGCAGGCUUGUUGAAACUAACCGAACUCCACCUGGAGCACAAUGAUUUGGUAAAAGUAAACUUUGCUCAUUUCCCACGGCUCCUCUCCCUGAGAACACUCUACAUGCAGUGGAAUAAAGUCAGUAUUGUAGUCAAUUCUUUGGAGUGGACUUGGAACCAUCUAGAAAAAUUAGACCUCUCUGGGAAUGAGAUUGAGUUUAUUGAAUCUUAUGCCUUUGAAGUAGUGCCUAACCUCAAGAUACUUCAAUUGGAUUCAAACCGCCUAACCACCAUCGAACAAACAAUUCUGGAUUCCUGGAAAUCCUUAACCAGCAUCAGCCUUUCUGGAAACAGCUGGGAAUGCAGUCGGAAUAUCUGUGCUUUGGCCACCUGGCUGAGCAGUUUUAAGGGUCAUCAUGAAGGCAGCCUGUUAUGUGCCAGCCCUGUGCAUACCCAGGGUGAGGAGGUUCUAGACGCUGUGCAUGGCUUUCACAUAUGUGACGACUUGGUCACAAGCACACUGGCCAUUUCUGACAUGACCAGUGUGGCAGAAACAGACCAAGAUAUGACAGCAGUCAGAGAUGCUUCCAGCAUCUAUGUCACACAGGAUACAACUGGAAUAAAACCCACUGAUUUAAUCACUGCCACUAGUGAGCUUUCUCAUGAUCACCAGGAAAAUACCAUUCAGGUUCACAAAGUAAUCACUGGCACCAUGGCAUUGCUUUUCUCCUUUCUGAUAGUGGUUUUGGUGCUGUAUGUCUCAUGGAAAUGUUUUCCUGCUGGCCUCAGGCACUUGAGGCAGUGCUUUGUGACACAGCGCCGCAAACAGAAACAGCAACAAACUAUGCAUCAGAUGGCUGCCAUGUCCACACAGGAAUACUAUGUGGACUACAAACCCAAUCAUAUUGAAGGGGCACUGGUGAUCAUUAAUGAUUAUGGAUCAUGUUCGUGUCAUCAACAACCAGCCAGAGAAUGUGAAGUUUAAUUUUCAUUCUGCCUCACUGGAAAUGCAACAUUACAAGUGGACAUAUAGCAGCUAGAGACUGACACACCGAAAAGGACCACUUUACAAUACUGAGUAUGAAUGAAUUACACACAGUACUGAUUCCAACAAACCUUGCACCGGGAUCUUUCAACAGUCCAAAUGAUAUUUAAGCUUCAAUGCGUCUUUAAAACCUUUCAAAUCAUCCUCUGUUCGACUGUCAUUUGAAAUUUGUAAAAGGAAAAAAAAAUGUAAAUGUAACUCUUCUCACCAGUUUCUUAUGAUAUUAAAUCCACCUGUAAGAUCUGGGAAUAAGGGAGUUCAAGGCUCAUCAAGGAUGUAAGUUAAUCAAUU